CGUCCGCCCCAGGGAGCCGUGGGGAGCUGAGACCCCAGGACAUGGACCGAGUGACCAGAUACCCCAUCUUCAGCAUCCCUCACUCGCCUCGCCUGGCUGGCCUGGACCCCGAUGGGGACACCAGCUACACGUUUGAGGUGGUGGAUGUGGGGCCGGCGGCCAGGGGCUGGGGCCAGGACAAGCCACAGGCGUGGCCGGCUUACCGAGAAGCCCAGCUAAAUGCGGCCAGGACUGGGGCGUCCUACACCCAACGUGCCUUCCCGGGCCGGUCACCCCCGUGGAUGCUCUCCUUCCGGGAGGGUGACAAGGAUGAGGAAGUGAAGGCCUGCCGCCUGGACGCCAGGGACACCCAGCCUCGGCGGCCACGGGACCUGGAGAAGGAGCACUGGGCGGUCAUCCAGCACCAGGCCCUCAGGAAGAACAGCACGGUGGCCACGCUCCACGGCACCCCUGGCCACCUGGACCCCAGGAGCCCCGGCCAACCUCAGCCUGGGCCCCUGGAGGCGAGCGCCGUGGACAGGGAGCAGAUUGACUUCCUGGCAGCGAAGCGGCAGUUCCUGAGUCUGGAGCAGGCCAAUGCGGGGGGCCCUCUGCACCCUCCGGCUCAGGUGGCCCCUGCCCGUGCCCCACCGGGGCUCAGUCAGGCCCCCAAGGCCUCAAGUGGGCUGCUCUUGGCCAAUGGGUGUGAUGUCCCGCUGAAGCCCCAGGAGAGGGAGGUGCUCCUUCGAGAGAAGAGGGUCUGUGGCCUUCCAGCUGUAUCUGGCGCCCAGGCUGCGGACGACCCCGGCUCCCGUUCCCAAGUGGGGUCCCUGGAGCUCCCUAAGGAGACCCCCAUCGAGCGGGAGAUCCGGCUGGCCCAGGAGCGGGAAGCGGACCUGCGAGAGCAGAGGGGGCUACGGCGGCAGAACAGCCAGCAGGAGCUGGUGGAGAUACCCAGCAGGCCCCUGCUGACCAAGGUGAGCCUGACAGCGGCCCCAUGGCGGGACCGAGGGCGCCCGUCACUCUACGUGCAGCGGGACGUGGCGCAGGAGACGCAGCGUGAGGAGGACCACCGGUGGCAGGAGGGCCUGCAGGCCACACCCAGCAGGAUCUCCCGGGCUCCCCAGUCUGGGCUCAGGAGAGCCUUUAGCUCAGACUCCAUCCUGGACCUGGCCUCAGACAGCAGCGCGGCUGACCCUGCCCCAGAGGUGAGGAAGGUGGGCCGCCUCCCGGCCGAUGCCUACCAGCCGUACCUGCGUCCUGGGAGCCCCCGGCUGGACUUUGAAGCCUUCCACGCGCAUGGCAAGCUCCGUGGUCUCUCUACGGAUGAGGCCAAGGCUGCGGGCUCUCCAAGGGCCACAGGGUCUCUGAGGCAUCUCUUGGAAUCCUCUGGAAACCCCCCAGGCAUGAAGCCGGAGUGCUCCAAGCCGCCCCAGGGGCACCCACAAGCCCACGGAGGUGUCAUUCGAUGGGAGUAUUUCCACCUGAGCCCCCUGCGGUUCAGGGUCCCAGAUGUGCCCCCGCGGGCCGAGGGCCCCCGCGUCCGAGGCUGGGAGGUGGGGGGGACCCUGGCAUCGAGGCUGCAAAGGUCCCAGUCGUCAGAGCUGCUGGAGAGGGAGGUGGAGAGCGUCCUGCAGCGCGAGCAGGAGGUGGCCGAGGAGCGGCGGAAUGCACUGUUCCCUGAGGUUUUCUCCCCACCACCUACCGAGGACAAUGACGGAGGUGACCAGGACUCCAGGGGCUCCUCCGCGGCCUCGGGCAUCGUGGGCAGCUACUCGGUGACCGAGUCCCACUUCUUCAGCCCCAUCCACCUGCACUCAGGCCUGGUGUGGACGGCGGAGGCCCCUGCCGAGGCUUCUCCUGAGCAGAGGAAGAGGGAGCAGCAGUAUGCCGGCAUCAAGUCCUUAGACCACAUCGACUCAGAGGUCCUGGAAGCCACACGAGUGACCCACCACAAGAAUGCCAUGGCGAGGCGCUGGGAAGCUGGUAUCUACACCAGUGAGAGCCAGGACUGAGCCAGGGGACGGGACACCCUUGCCCCCGCCCUGCCUGGCCGGAGCUGCUGAGACCGUCCACAGGCCCCCCUGCCCCUCAGGGCUCAGGUCCCUGUUGAAACGCAGCACCAGACAACCACGGAUCAUGUGCCACCAAUCCCGAAGGUGGACACGUUUUCAGACGGGAGGGUUUUCUUUGCUGUUCUUAUCUUCCUGGGGAAAUUGUUCUGCUUUCUGUCUAAAGCUGGAGAUG